CUGGAGGCUGUUUACAAGGUUGUUGGAGAUCAAGGAGAUAUAGCAGUAGAUGACCUUGACUUUGAGAUGAAAGGAUGCUCUGAUAUCGGUACACCUGUUCCUGUUACCACCUCCCAACCCACAGCAGCCCCUAUUUUGUCCAUCUGUACCUUUGAGACCGACUUCUGUGACUUCAGCCAAUCAACGCCAGGUGCAGUGAAAUGGUAUAGACACUCAGGUGACCCACCAAUCCCCAACUCAGGUCCAUCUGUAGAUCACACUCUUGGAAACACAUUCGGCUACUAUGCCUAUCUCAAGACUGAUGUGGGCAACGAUGGUGACUUUGGCAAACUGACCUCAAGGUCAAUGACGGCUGGCCCUCAGGGGAUCUGUGCCUCAUGGUGGUACCAUAUGAAGGGAGCUGAUAUCAACAGGUUGGAAGUCUGGAGGGAUGGGUCAACCAAGGAGUGGGUCAGGGUGGGACACCAGGGCCCAGACUGGAAACAGGGUCAGAUCUAUCUAAAUGGUAUCUUUGCAGUGACAUUCCAAGGAUACAAGGGUGGUGGAUCAAGAGGAGCCAUAGCUCUGGAUGACAUCACCUUUAGCAGUGGGAAGUGUCCUUCACAACGAAUGUGUGAUUUUGAGCAUGGAGAAUGGUGUGGUUUUGACCAGGAUAUGAUGGAUGGUGGAGAUUGGAAUGUAGAACCAAACGACUUCACUUCAUUGGACCUGACCUAUGGUCCUGAUGCAGAUCAUACUUAUGGAACAAGUUUGGGUCACUUCAUAUACGUUGACAGCAUCGUUAACAACUACAUGUCAAAGGUUCGUCUGAUCUCUCCCGUCUACCCUGCCACUUUCCAACGAUGUCUUCAGAUAUGGAUAUUCAGCAGCGGUACGGACCCACCGGACUUAACAGCUACCAUCACAGUUGGUGAUACCCCGAUCACUCAAAUCUUGAGCCUCGAUGACUCUGCUGCUAUAAGCAUGUGGAUUCCGUAUGAAGCGUCAUUCUCCAGUAGCUUGGACUAUACUAUCAUCUUCGAAGCCACCAUUGGUUCUGAUGGAGUUCUAGCGCUUGAUGACAUCAACUUGAACAAAGACUACUGCGCCCCACCAGGGUCUUGUGACUUUGAAUAUGACACCUGUACCUUCUGGAACUAUCCUUCCUCAGUCAGUAAUGAUAUGUUUGAUUGGAUAAGAGCCAGCGGACCCACGCCUUCAUCGAGCUCUGGUCCUGACACAGAUCAUUCUGUUGGAACAGCAGCAGGGUUUUAUAUCUACAUUGAUUCUGGUGCACCUCGUCAGCUUGGCGACUCGGCCAUCCUCAACUCGCCGCUGAUGGUCGGUCAGAAGUGCUUAUCAUUCUGGUAUUACAUGGGUGGAGCUGACCAAGGAUCUAUCAAGAUCAUGAUUGAUCAGCUUCUGUGGUCGAAGAAAGGUCCUCUGAGUGGUGCAUGGCUGCAUGCUACUGUAACAACUGGAGCUGAAGAUCAGACUUACAGAAUUGGAAUUAUCGGAGAUGUGGGGACACCUUCUCAAAGCGACAUGGCCAUUGAUGACAUAAGCAUCUAUGACGGUGCUUGUGUAGCGGUUACUGAUCCGCCACCAUGUCAGUUUUAUUGUGAUAACGGGGGAUGUUUGACUGAUGCCACCUUGAGAUGUAACUUUGAAGAUGACUGUGGUGAUGGCAGUGAUGAGGUUAAUUGUGGUAAUUGUGACUUUGAGUUGGGUUGGUGUAAUUACACCGACUCUGGUGAUGGCAGUUUGAGGUGGCGGAGAGGAAAAGGAGAUACACCUUCACUUAACACUGCGCCAUCAAAAGAUCAUACAAUCGGAACAGCUGAAGGAUACUAUUUGUACACUGAUGCUAGUCCAGGCCCACAGUACACUGAAACUCUUUUCAUUUCCCCUGAGCUAAAUGAAGCAAGUCCUCACUGUAUUCUUGAAUUCUGGGUCUACAAAUAUGGAGGAAGUGGAUUUGUGAGCGUCUUUAUUGUGUCCGGCUUAGACAAAGCCCAUGUUGCAGCCCACAGUCAGCCAAGCUCCCAGGAGUGGAUCCUGGCUUCUUUUCCAAUUGGACGAGUAAGAGGAACAUUCCAGAUUGAGAUCAGAGCAAUACAGUUUUCUCAAGUGCAAUUUGCGAUGGAUGAUAUCUCCUUCCGUAAUUGUGACUUUCCUGAACCACCUCCAGAUGGCUGUAGCCCAGUGGAAUUUACAUGUGGAAAUGGACGUUGCAUCAACAUGGACAGAUAUUGUGAUCUUUCUGAUGACUGCGGAGACUCGUCUGACGAGAGUGAUUGUAGCUCGUACGAGAUGUGUGACUUCCAGACUGGCAUCUGCAGCUGGAGCCAGUUGCACACCGAUGAGCUUGAAUGGAGGAGGAACAAAGGGCUCACCAGGACUACUGGUACAGGUCCUGGAAGAGAUCACACUACUGGUCUAUUUUCAGGUUUCUACAUCCACCUGGAAGCAAGCAAUUCACCUUUAGGUUCCAGGGCACGCCUUGGCUCCAGAACUCUUUCCUCAGUAUCACCUCCCGGGUGUUUCUUCAGGUUCUAUUACCAUAUGUACGGAGUGCAUAUCUUCGAGCUCAACGUGUACACCAGAGAAGCCAUCAAUGGCCCGUUGACACCUAUCUGGAACAGACGAGGAGAGAUCGGAGACUACUUCCUGAGAGCGGAUCUUGAUUUGAAGGAUCUCAAAUACCCUCUGCAGAUUAUUGUAGAGGCUGUGAGAGGGGAUGGUGACCGAGGAGACAUAGCUUUAGAUGACACUAGUUUCACCCCAGGUUGUAAUUUCAUCGACACCCCUCUGCCAUCGGUGGUGACCCAGGCACCCACCGUGCCUCCUCCAGAUCUGCCUACCUGUGGGCCUGAUUCCUUCCAAUGUAACGAUGGGACGUGCCUGGAUGUCCAGCAGCGGUGCGAUGCGAAAACGGACUGCAGUGACUCCGAAGACGAGUCUAACUGUGGUAACUGUGACUUUGAGAUGAACAGCUGCGGAUGGAGUAGCAUUCCCAAUGGUCUAUACCUGUGGACCAGGAUCCAGGCUAGUAACGCCCCUCAGGGACGGGGACCAGAUGUAGACCACACCCUGUCAACCAACGCAGGAUAUUACAUGUUUGUGGAUAGCACAUUUGGAACAUUUGGAAUGACAGCUCUCCUUCUGAGUCCCCUCAUCCUCGGCAACUCUGGUUCGAGAUGUGAGAUGGAGUUCUAUUAUCACAUGCGAGGUGAUGCGGGUACAUUGACUGCGACUCUUUAUGUUGACAACCUCCCAGACUCAUCCUGGACCGUGGUGGGUGACCAGGGUACUACAUGGCAUCGAGGAUCUUUGUUGGUAGGACCAAGGUUUGCUGGACAGUAUUAUAUUCGACUAGAAGCCUCACCUGGCAUAGGUUUUGAUGACGACCAAGUUCCUACUGAUAUUGCAGUGGAUGAUAUCAAGUUUAUCAACUGUGACAAAUCAGCUGAUCUUAACUGUGACUUUGGGCCAGGAGACACAGAAGGAACGCUUUGUGGCUGGACUCAGACAAAUAUCUCAGACACUUUUGACUGGACCUUGCAUAAAGGCAGAUAUCGACCAAGCUUUCCUGGUCCGGAGGGUGACCACACAGAUGGCACAGGUUACUAUGCAUACCUGGAACCCUACAUGCCUGCAGGGCCUGGAGAUUCCUCUCGAUUAGUGUCUGGUCCGCUCAGGUCAACCAAGAAUCAACCGUACUGUUUUUCUUUUUGGUAUCACAUGUAUGGUGCCAGUAUUGGAACAUUCAGUCUCAUUCAGAGAAAUACGGAUGGAACUAGUGAAGUUAUUAUCUGGACAAAGAAAGGGAACCAAGCCAAUAUCUGGCUCUCUGCUCAGAAGAACAUAGCAACGGCCGGAAACUAUGAACUUGUCUUAGAAGCUAUACUUGGUGAACACUGGUUUGGUGAUAUCUGUGUUGAUGAUAUCUUGUUCAAAGAGGGCGCUUGCAUUGGAGCAGUUGAAUGUGACUUUGAGCUCGGUUUUUGUGAUUGGACAAACCUGGGCUCUGAAAUCGAUGAGUUUGAUUGGUUAUGGGGAUCUGCUAGUUCUACACAAGGGAGGGGACCAGAUGUAGAUCACACAACAUUCACAGGAUCAGGACAUUACAUCUAUGUGGACACCAGCAAGAAUGCCCCUGGGACUACAGGCAUCCUGCAGAGCAAAGACUACUACCACACCGGCCCUCGAUGCGUGUCCUUCUACUACCGUAUGAGUGGGUCUAGUCCUGGAACUCUGUCCAUCUACAGACAGGAUGACGGAGACCCGUUUGUUAGUCCCAGCUGGACCAAGACCGGGGAUCAAGGCGAUAGGUGGAUGCUGGCUCAGUUGGAAGUUACUCCUAUCAUGUCAAAAAGCUAUAAGAUUUACAUAGAGCUCACAUCGACAGGCACCUCCAAAGAUAGCAUCAUGGCCAUCGAUGACAUCAACAUCGAUGACAGGUUCUGCCCCAUGCAGGGUGCCUGCACGUUUGAAUACGACAUGUGCGGUUUCGACAACGAUUACCAGAACGAUGACCUCGAUUGGAUACGAGGGACCACUACAACGUCGUCGCCUGACACUGGGCCAAAAAUUGAUCAUACCUUGCAGACGGGAUACGGUCACUAUGUCUUUAUGGAGUCAUCAUUCACAGUGGAAGGGAUGAAGGCUUGGUUGCUCACUGAACAUUUCCCAUCUACUGGAGGUCGCUGCUUGGAUUUCUGGUAUCAUAUGUAUGGUGCAGGAAUGGGGGAUUUGAACGUUUACACGGUUACCCGGACAACGGAUCCAAAACUACUCUUCACUGAGAGUGGGAAUCAUGGUGAUAUAUGGCUUCAUGCGCAGAUUAAUGUAGAUGCACCCACUACAUUUUGGGUGAUCUUUGAAGGAGUCGUUGGAUUUAAUCACAGCAGUGAUAUUGCUCUGGAUGACAUAUUCCUGCAUCCUUCAGUUUGCUCUUUCACUACGCCACCUUCUACUCAACCUCCACCUCCACCAACUGUAUUACCUGACCUUCAUAACUGUGACUUUGAGAAUGGUUUCUGCAACUGGACCCAAGAACUCAAUGAUGACUUCAACUGGACCAGGUCCUCAGGAGAGACGGGUAGUGCAGGAACUGGACCCAAUACAGACCACACCAAAAUGGACCAAACAGGUUAUUACAUUUAUGCUGAAGCGACCGGCCAAGAAUCUGGAAAUGUCGCACGAUUAAAUUCUGCAUAUUUGAACAACGUAGAUGAAUCGGGAUACUGCAUGGAGUUCUGGUUUCAUAUCUACGGUAGACAUAUUGGUUCCCUGACUAUCUAUGAGAGGAGAGGGGAUAGGGAGGUGCAGAUAUGGAGGGAGACCGAGUCUCGGGGACCACGGUGGAAUCCAGGCCGCAUCCAUUUCGCAGAUACAGGAACUUACUACAUCAUCUUUGAAGCAGUUCGUGGGAGUGCAUACAGCGGUGACAUUGCCUUGGAUGACAUCAGUUUUCAUCCUGGUGUUUGUUCUACUCCUGAUUUCUGUGAUUUUGAGAAUGGCGAAUGUUACUACAGUCAGACAAGUCCUGAUCAAUUUGACUGGGUUGUCAUUAAUGCCAAUUCACUGUCAGUUGCACCACCGAUAGACUUCACAUAUAGAACUGAUUAUGGCCAUGUUUUUAUUGCUGAUAUGACCGGUCUUUCAUCAAACCGGGAUGUUGCUAUUGUAGACAGUGGGCCCAUUGCAGCUACUACAGGAGAUGGUAUCUGCUUUUCAAUGGCAUAUUACAUGGUCAACUCCCAAUACUGCCAACUCAAGGCUUUUAAGAUCCAGCUGGUUUCUGAGGAGGCUGAGUUGCUGUGGGAGAUGGAUGGGGUUGCACAUGAAGAUGAAUGGCAUGUGAUGGAGAUGAAUCUUAAUAAUACUGAUGGCUUCUUCAAGGUUCGCUUACAAGCUUCUAGCAAGGAUUCCCAGCAGAAUGCUGCUGUAUCUGUGGAUGAUAUCUCCCUUGGUACUUCACCUUGCACACCGUUCGGGUCAUGUGACUUUGAGACUGGUCUCUGCACUUGGAGGAAUGAGGAGAACCUUGAUGAUUUUGAUUGGAAGAUCAUUCAAGGACGGACACCUUCGACUGGGACAGGUCCUCCAGUGGAUCAUACCUUUGGAACACCUUAUGGUUCAUACAUCUUCAUUGAGGCUUCUGACUACCCAAAGAAUUCCAAGGCCAUCUUGAAAUCUGGAGAUUUCCUAGCAUCGCAGGAACGAUGCUUGGAAUUCUAUUACUAUAUGGACGGUAGCGGUUUGGGUAAUCUCUAUGUUCAGAAGCAGGCUGACACACAAUCAAAGUUCUCCAAUGUCGUCGUACUCAAAGGAAGCAAAGGGCCUGUUUGGCGACAGCAACUGGUCUCAUUACCUGAGAUAGAUGGAGCCUAUUCCUAUCAAUUACGAUUUUACGCUACUGUCGGAUCGUCAUUUCGGGGUGAUAUAUCGCUAGAUGAUAUUGCCUUUUAUGAUGGAGAAUGCCCAGAUCCGCCAUCAGUGUGUGAUUUCUACUGCGGAGAUCCUGAUAAAACCUGUAUACCUUACAGCAAGUUCUGUGACUUCACCCCUCACUGCCCUAACCAGAAAGACGAGAGCGAUUGUGGUACUUCUUGUGACUUUGAGGAGGGUACAUGCCGUUGGUGGAACUCCGGUCACAAUGUCUAUAGGUUUAUACGACAUCAGGGAGACACACCGGACUCGAACACUGGCCCUUCCUUCGAUCAUACAACACUUACUGCUUUUGGUUGGUACAUGUAUGUAGGAAUCACCCCAGACUCCGGGACGAGGUGGGCCGUGCUGGCAUCCCGCAUGCAUCACAACGCAGCCGCCACCUGCGAGGUACGGUUCUGGUACCACAUGUACGGGGAGGACAUCGGCUACCUCCAGCUCUACGUCCAAGAAGAGAAGCACCUGAUGCUGCCUUGGUAUACGAGUGGAAGUCAGGGAGAUACGUGGCACGAGGGUAUCGCAGCACUGGGAAGGAUCCCUGGAGGUUUCAAUGUGAAAUUUCAAUCAGUUCGUCGCUACACUGUGUUUGGUGACGUGGCUAUAGAUGAUAUCAGUAUGAGACAAUGUGCACUACCAGUCCCUCAGUCCAGGGAUUGUGAGAUAGAUGAGAAUCGAUGCGCCAAUAAUGCCUGCAUCCCUGAAACGAGACUAUGUGACUUUACCGACGAUUGCGGAGACUCGUCCGAUGAAGAUCCUGAUGUCUGUGAGAGCUAUGAUAUGUGUGACUUUGAGGACGGUUCUUGUGACUGGGUUCAGGAUACCGAAGAUGAAAUGGAAUUCAGCAGGAUAAGCGGACCGUCGGAACCUGAUUUGCGUAGCGGCCCAGUUCGUGACCAUACCACUCAAUAUCUUGGAUAUUACAUGGUAUUACGUGCAGGCACUGAUGGCUAUGAGGAAGGCGACAGGGGGAGACUGAUCAGCCCCGUCUACCGGUCCAACGGCCCUCAAUGUAGGGCACGUAUCUGGUACCACAUGUUUGGCGGGGACAUGGGGACCUUGAACAUCUUCCUGAGAACCAACAUCGGAGGCUACAUGGAUCUUAUCUUCACCAAGACUGGACACUCCAAUGACUACUGGGAGUUGGCCAAUCUUGCCUUGCUUGAUGCCGGAUCAACUAACUUCCAGGUUGUGAUCGAGGUCGUCCGGGCCGAUGGUCCAAAUGGUGAUAUAGGUAUCGAUGACACGUCUUUCACACCGGACUGUGUACAAGUUACGGGUGGUCUACCAUCGGGUACAACUACUCCUGCUGCUACUACCGUUGGUCCUUGCGGGAAGGGUAAAUGGCAGUGUGCAGACCUGACUUGUAUUGACUCUAGUCAGUACUGUGAUUACCAAGCGGACUGUCCAGAUGAAUCAGAUGAAGCAUUCUGUGGACCUUGUGUGUUUGACAAUGGGCUCUGUGGAUGGCAUGAUGAGAGCUAUGGACAGUAUGUGUGGCAGUGGGAGCAAGGUGGCACGGGCAAGAAACCAGAAAAAGAUCACACCAAAGAUUCUCUGAAUGGAUACUACAUGAAGGUGAUGCCUGGAGGUGGUCAGUUCAGUGAAUUUUCAAGAUUCUACAGCCCCAUACUGCCAGAUACGUCUGUUGAAUGUCUAGUGGAUUUCUGGUUCUUCCUUCAGGCAUCUAGUGACAAUGUUGAAUUUCAACUGGAAGUGCAAAUUGGGGAUGAACCCAGCUACAAGAUCUGGAGUUCACUUUUAACCUGGACAUCCUCGUGGAUGAAAGCUCAUGUAGGACUGGGGCGCCAGGAGACGGCCUACCAGUUAAUUUUUGCUGCAUCGGUGGAAUACAAGAAUGACACCAUAGCAAUAGAUGAUAUCACCUUCACCGGCUGCAAGGCUGUGUCCUAUGUUCCGUGUGAGAUCCUGUGUGAUAACAAGCUCUGUGUACCUUACUCUGCUGAAUGUGACUAUUCCCAGGACUGCGGUGAUGGAACAGAUGAAAGUACAUGCAGUGCAUACACAAUGUGUGACUUUGAAUCUGGAACCGUGUGUGACUGGACCCAAGAUUCUAAUGAUGAUCUAGACUGGUUCUGGCUCACUGGAUACCAAGGUUCUCCUGAUGGAGCCCCUUAUGAGGACCACACCCAUAAUAGUCCAUCAGGUCAUUACUUCUAUCUGAACUCGGCAGCAGAUGAUGUGAACAAGAAAGCUCUUCUGGAUGGGCCAGUGUUUUCUCCACCUCAAAGCCCAGGAGAUUGUGUGAUUCGUUUUUGGGCAUUCAUGAACGGAGCCAACGUGAAUCGUCUGAGCGUGCUGACUCAAGUAUCAACUCAUGAUGAGCCAGAGAGGGCUUGGACUCACGCUGUGUCUAUGGGAGAUGUCUGGAAUAAAUUUUUAGUUCCGCUGGAUGUUGGAUAUAGAUUUAAGGUAUACUUUGAAGGUAUCUCUGGAGGCCUUGAUGACAGUAUAGCGCUUGAUGAUAUCACCAUGACUCCAGGAUGUGUCAAAGACCCUGAUCAGACCCUACCGAUUACCGUCAAACCAACAGAUAGCCCACACUGUGGAGUUGGUGAAAGAGCUUGCACGGACGGUACCUGCAUUGCAUCCAAUAAGUUCUGUAACUUCAUCUUUGAUUGUGAUGAUGUCUCUGAUGAGAUAGAUUGCCCAUCUGUGUGUGACUUUGAGGUAGACAUGUGCAUGUGGAGACAAGGAGUGAAUGAUAACUUUGAUUGGUCAAGAUUUAAUAACUCGGAGACCGACAAUUAUGCUGGUCCUAUCGCGGACCACUCCAAAGGAAGUCCUAUGGGUAUUUACUACUACGUUGAUGGGCUCACCAGCAGUAAGAAUGAGCAUGCUACCUUGAUCAGCCCAACGUACGGCCAAGCAGGGGUAGAUUGCAUAGCCUCUUUGUGGUAUUACGUCUAUGGUAGCUCGUAUGGGAACCUUGAGAUCAAAAGAAGGGUGGAUGGCGAGGAAAGGACAUUGAUGAUCAUCAACAAGGGUAAUGCGGUAGGUGAGCAGUGGACGCAGGCCAGGCUCAGCCUUCCUCCUUGUCUGGCAAAUUUCAAUAUACUCAUUGAUGCUGGAAAUCAACAAAAUACCAAAAACUCUGGAGGGUAUGCCAUUGAUGACAUCCGCUUCGAUAACUGCGCCUUUGAGGAGUAUGAACCAUCCAAACCCUGUCUCACCGAUUUCUACCAAUGCAGUGAUGAACAUUGCUAUCACCAGGACCACAAGUGCGACCUGAAUAAAGAUUGUUGUACAGAUGGCGGCAACGGCAACGAUGAAGCUAAUUGCGGUUCUUAUCAUCAAUGUAACUUUGAGAGUAAUCUCUGUAAUGUAUGGAAUCAGUUAACAGUGCCUGAAGAUGAUUUUGAUUGGACUCAGGUUCAGGCUGGAAAGAUGAGCCAGAUUAGAUUUGACCACACUACAGAUUCUGUAAAUGGAUACUACUUGUAUAUGGAUCCACAAAACCGAGCCAGGACCGGUGAUAUAACACACCUUGGCAGUUAUAUUAUCCAAGCGAGUGAUACAAACUGCAAGAUGCGGUUGUUUUACUACAUGACUGGUAUCAAUGGAGGUACUUUAAAUGUCUACACACGUACAGUGGUAGGAGGCCCUCUACUGUUGAGAUGGACUGAUUCAGUUGAUCGAGGUCUAAUGUGGAUCAAGCAGACUAUUACGUUGAACAGUGAUGAAAUGUUUCAGGUCAUCUUGGAAGGGGUGAAAGGUCAAGGGUCAUCAGGUAUUUUGGCGAUUGACGAUACAACAUUUACUCCUGAAUGUCGGAUGUCUGGGUCCAGCCUUCCGGUUCAUACUACAAGGUCGCCUUCUACAAGCAGUGUGCCUACUACCACUAAAAAAUCUGCCAGUACUCCGUCUUCAUCCUCAUCGUCUUCCCAAACAACGUUCACUACUGAAGGUGGGGUGCUAACACGACAGCCACCUACCCACAGCCCACGCACUGCUGGUCUUGUGGCGGGUCUUUCUGCUACUUUUGGCAUCCUUAUCUUGGGCAUCCUGGUGAUAUCUUUCUUAUUCUGGCUGAGGGGAAGAAGAAGUGGUAAAGGAGAUCUAAGAGUUCUUAGGAAUAACAUGGAAACACCAGGAUAUGACAAAGACUUUGGGAAUGUUGAUUUUGCUCUACAGGAAAUAGACACAAGUAUGUUCGGAGAAUCCCCUACUGAAUCUAGGCCACCGAACAGAGGUAUUGAUAACCCAGUCUAUUCUGCACCUGCACAAUUGCCUGUUGAGGGACAAACAGAGGCCUGAUUGCUCACAUCAAUUUCAUGACACAAUUUGACAUAAAAAGAACAAAUAUAUUGAGUAAAACCUCUAAAAUUUCCAAGUUUAUACUCAUGAAUGUUUAGACGAAUUCACCCUUAAACCAUAAUUCACACUCAAGAUUUUGGCAUAAGAGUCACCAUUGGCCCACCCUAGUUCACUGUUAUGUGAGUACAUUCCCCCACCUCACACCCUCCCAGAUAUUUUAAGAGCAUUUGCUUCAUCCUAGUAUUAAUGCUCAAUUGAACAGCACCCCUGAAGUAAUAAUAUAACAUAACCAUUCACUCAAUUCAGUCUUGCAGUUUUCAUCAUUUUAUUUCUGUCAUGUUUUAUGGGCAUUUCCUUACACAUGUGUAGUGUACAUGUUGAAAUCCCAAUUUUAAGUAUAGCAUGACUUUCCAAUUGGUUCUUUUCAUUUUAUUUAGGUCUUACUUUCUUUUAUACUUAAAUGUAUUUUUUUGUCUCAUGUAAUGUUAUGAGUUUCAUUAGAGUGGGGAGGAAUAUGUACUCGGUUGAAGGCUCAACACCUUUUUUUCUUUAUAGAGUCAUUUUACCUUCUUAUAUUUUUUACUAUAUAGUGUGAUAAAAUACUAUGAAAAAAAAACCUAACACAUUUGUAUUCACAUGUAUAUUUAAUCAACAAAUAAAACCAAUAUCACAGGUUGCAGCAAGAUUUAGUUUUUACUUUUCAUGAAUAGAUUUUUAAUGUAAUUUUCAAGAUAUCAGUGACUUUCAUUGCAUUUUAAAUAAUCUAGUAAUAUUUGGGGGCAUUUGGGGAAAUUAUAUACUGGCCUACAGUAUGUGUAUUUGCAAAUACAUGAAAUCGAUAUUUAACACUUAUAUUAUUAUCACAAAAUCCAUAAUAAUUGUCUUUUAACAUUUCAAUAGAUAUGCCUACAGAUGCAUUAAAAAUGCUUAAUUCGGAUUUUGUGAUUUUUUUUAUUUUGACCUUCUUUGAUAGGUUUGUCAUGUAUAGGCAAUCUAAAAAUCAUGCAUUUUGGGCUGAGAUAGUGAUUUGAAUUAUUAUUCUUUGUCAUCAAAAUACUGUAUGGAGAAAUAUACACAAUUCAACAAAUAAUUUGCUUUUUAGAUUAAUAUCAUGAAGCUAAAACCAAACUGAUUGCAGUUUAUUUAUGCUUGUACCUAUAUUUUUUUUUCUUGAAAUGACAAAAAUUUGAAGAUCUUUUUAGUUAUGGUGUAUAGUUUCUUGUAUAUCAUUAUAAAAAAAGAAGAAAAAUGUUAAUGGUAUUUAAUGUAACAAAUAACAUAUAAUGUAUGUCUUGGGAAUGAUUCUUGCAUUUAUGGAAUGCCUUGUUAUAUCAAGUGUGUAACCAAAGAGAAUGUUUUGUGUUAGUAAAUGACUUCAUGUAUUUGAUGGAAAUAAAGACUGAUUAUGACAUUAUUGUUUUGUAUAUUUCA